AUGACCCGCAUCAGUAUUCCCGCGGCGCCACGGCCCGAAGAUGACCUAAGGACGGUCGUGCAAACAAGGACUAGGGAAUGGCAUUUCCAUAUCUAUUUCCUGCUGCAAUCUCCUACUGAAACGGCUGCAGCACUGGCACUUCGUGAUGCCGUAUUGAGACUCCGUCGCGAUGGCGCCUUUGUCGCUGUUCCGUUGCACAGGGUCAACGAGUAUCCAAUCGGACCGCAUCCUGCUGGGUCAUACGAGAUUCACCUCGCCGCCCGAGAUGCCCUUCCGAGUAACUCAAAAAACGCACGACGCUUCUAUGCUAACAACUUAUCUAGCAUCCUUAUCCAUCCGCUAACCUCGGAACAACGCCGAGAUCAUGAAACUCGCAAUGGCUGGUUGGGCACGCCGUGGCCCAUCUACCUUGAUAGCUUGCCGACCAAGAGUGACGAGGCUCCGCUUCAGUAUCCUGAACUGCGUCUUGGUUGGUCUACCGCCCCAGAGGAGGAGAUUUCCCUCGAUGAGAGGCGAAGAAGAGGGGCUGAGGUUGAGGCGCUGUUGGCCAGAGAUCCUGAAGCAGCUCCUGCUCCCGUCGAUUCAUAA